AUGCUGCUCUCAUACCCCAACCGACCACGGCUGUUCAUCUUGGCUGCCAUAACAUGCCUCUUCACGGGGUAUAUUCUCCUCUGCUAUCCCGGCGGCUCCGACACGCUGGCGCGACCCAACAUCUGGCCUGUGAGCAGCCUCAGCUCGUCCUUCUCGUCACUGGGUGCAGCAGAAAAAGAAGGGCCACAACGACCGUUGGCACAGCUCCCCCAGGACAACCACCCGAUCUCACGACUGAUCCGAGAUGCACACAACACCUACAUGGACCUCGUGCAAAACAGAUCCCACACGGUCGAGGAGGCAGCAGCGCGGUACCGCCUGCGACGGGGGCGCCACCCGCCGCCCGGGUUUGAUGUGUGGUUCCAGGCAACAAAGCAACACGACGCCGUGGUGGUGGAGGAGUUCUUUGACCGGAUCUACCGCGACAUUGGGCCCUUUUGGGCGCUGAACCCGGUCGAGCUGCGGCGCAUGGCCCACGCGACACCACAGGUGAUCCGCGUGCGCGGCGGCAACGCGACCUUUGAGACGGACGACCCGCACCGGCCGCCCUUUAUCCAGCUGUGGACGGACCUGGUGCGCGAGAUGGCGCACGCGCUGCCCGACCUGGACAUGCCCGUCAACGUCAUGGACGAGAGCCGCGUGCUGGUGCCGUGGGAGAAGAUGGCGGGCUAUGUCGGGCGCGAGGUGCGCAGCAGGGAGGUGUUCCCGGCCGAGCAGGCCAUCAACGCGUACACGAGCCACAGCGCCCUCGACUCGGGCAGUGUGCGCUUCCAGCCGCAGUGGGUGACGGACGACGCACACCGAUACUGGGACCACAUGCGCGCGGCGUGUCCGCCCCACAGCCCGGCCAGGGCCGUCGGGGCGCUGCCGAGCUCGGCCAGGCCCAUCGACGAGCUGUACCCGAUCGGCCCCCUGCCGUACACGCGCGAAGGGUUCGUGGCCAACUUCUCGGCGAGCAUGGACGCGUGCUGGCAGCCGCACAUGCGCGGCAUGCACGGCACCUUUGUCGAGAGCGUCAGCAUGUCGACGGUGCACGAGCUCGUGCCCAUGUUUGGCGGGUGCAAGCUGCCGCAGAACAACGAAAUCCUGCUGCCCGGCGCCAUGUACCUGACAGAUGACCCCUUCUACGCAGGAGGCCGCGACAAAAACCUUGCCUGGGCCGACAAGAAGGAUGGCGCUGUGUGGCGCGGCGUGGCCAGCGGUGGGCGCAACCGGCCGGACAACUGGUGGCAUCUUCAUCGCCACAGGUGGCUGCAGGUCAUGAACGGAUCGACGGUGCGGCGCGUCCAGGCCGGUGAAGAGGCGGCGGGUCCUACAUUUCGGCUGCCGCCGCAGGGGUCAGUGUACAGAGAGGUGACGGCGGCCAAGGAGACCACAGAACGGGCCAUCGGCGACUGGCUCGAGGGCGUGGCAGACGUGGGCUUCAACAACCUCGAGUGCUACCCGAUCACGCGCGACGAGGAAGGCCGGCAGGAAGACCUGGGCUGCGAACACACGGGUAGCUACUUUGCCGUGUCGGCCAUGGUGCCCAUGACGGAGCAGUAUAGCUACAAAUACCUCCCCGACGUGGACGGGCACAGCUACAGCGCGCGGUGGCGGGGCAUCCUGCGUAGCUCGAGCUGCCCCCUCAAGGCGACGCUGUACGCCGAGUGGCACGACGACCGCCUCGUGCCGUGGGUGCACUUUGCACCCUUUGACAGCAGCUAUCAGGACAUCUGGGCGGUGCUGUCGUAUUUCUUGGAUGGGCACGACGCCGAGGGAGAGAGGAUCGCCAGGGCGAGCAAGGAGUGGGCCGCCAAGGUGCUGCGGAGGGAGGAUAUGAUGUUGUAUGUGUGGAGGCUGUUGUUGGAGUAUGCCAGGGUCAUGGACCCCAAGAGGGACAGGCUUGGCUUUGUGAACGAUCUGGAGGUGGCGACCAAGAAGAAUGGAAAGAACAAGAUGAAGAAGCCGUCCUGGAAGAUCGACUGGUAA